AUGUCCCAAGAAAAGCUCAAGGUUCUUAUUGCCGGAGCUGGAAUUGCUGGCCUCUCCGUAGCUGUCGCAUUAGAAUCUCUCCCGUAUAUUGAGGUUGAGCUGUUUGAGCAAGCGACCGAGCUUCGAGAAAUCGGCGCCAGCAUUGCCAUAAGUCCCAAUGGACUCCGCUCGCUCGAGAAGCUCGGUGUACUAAAUGCUCUCGACGAAGAUGUGGCUUUUCGUGGCCCUUCUGCCAUUCCUAUGAUUUACAGACACUGGAAGACAAAUGAGGUGAUCCACCAGGACUAUUUUGCCGAUGUUUCCCUCCGUCGCCACGAAACAGCGAGAUUUCACCGGGGACAUCUGCAUGCAGCACUGCUGGAACAUGUCCCCCUGGAACGUAUUCAUUUAGGCAAAACUGUGGUUUCCGCAGAUACAUCGCAAGACAAAGUCACACUUCACUUUACUGAUGGAACAUCCACACAAGGAGAUGUUUUGAUCGGCGCGGAUGGAAUUCAUUCGAAAGUGAGGAAGUCAUUCGUUCCCGAUCAUCAGCUGUUUUCUACUGGAAAGGUCUUUCUACGGUCGACAUUUGACGCGUCCCUUGUGGAACACAUUCAGGACCUUCCGUUAGAUUCCACACAUUGGUGGGGACCAAAGGAGAACUUUUUCGCCUCUCGACUUGGGAAGAACCAGUACACUACCGUCGGCAAUUUCGACUUACCAGUAGAGACGGAUGGCAAGGUUAGGAAUGUACAGUGGGAUGCCGAGGGGAAUGUGGAAGUACUAAGACAGCGCUACAAGGACUGGAAUCCUGUGGUCAAAGCCUUGGUGGAUUCAACUCCCUAUACGCGUAUUUACCCUAACUACGCUGGCGAGCCUCUUACAACCUGGGUACUUGAUUCACGAGUGACAUUGGUCGGCGACGCAGCGCAUACCCACGGUGGUGCGUUCGCUGCUGGAGGCUCACUAGCUAUUGACGACGCUUAUGCAUUGUUUCUGGCCUUUCAACAAGCUCUGGGGUCGUGCAGAGCUCAGAAACCAAAGAGACAAGAGAUCCGAAAUGCGCUUGCUUUGUACGAUGAGACGCGGCGCCCACAUACUGAAAGGCUUUUGACGAUUGUCCUCAAAGGCAUUGGAGCCCAGGCAACGAACACAGACUCCGACGAGAUUUUAGUAGAAAGAGUUCGGAACAAGCCCAACACAACCUGGCUCUCAGAGCACGAUGUGGAGAAAGCGUUUCAAGGCGUCUUACAAAACAGAUCUGUUGGAGAUAGGGUGGAGUCGGCUACAAGUAAGCUCUGA